UGCAAGAUUCCAGCUACCGGGGCCAUGCAAGCAGAACAUCUGCUGGAACGGAAAGGAAGCCAUUAAGCACCUUCCCUGACCUCCAUUUCCAAAGGAUGUCACUAAAUAUGCUACGAAUGGCCUCCCCCAAGGGCUCUAGCCUGUCCCCAGCCAGUAUGUUCUAAAGGGGACACUGUGGCUGCCAUGAAGGGUUUAGGAGCCAGCCGCACCUGGCACCUGUCCGAAUCCUGUGACCCAUCUGCAGGUUCCCUGGAACCCCUGUACCCCACCGGCAGUCUCCCCCGUAGCCCUUACCUCCUCAGUCCCACCAUGGACCACUAUGGCACUAUGGACCCCCACCACUUCCCCUCCUCCAACCCUGGUGUGCUCACUCCAGACUGCCUGUUGCCUUUAAACAACCAGAUCUCCAACAGCAGCACUUUCCCUCGACUCCACUACAACUCCCACUUUGACCAGAGUGACUUCUCCCCCAGCUCCAUGCCGGGUGGGGACAGCAUUGGAGGCAUCAGCACAGGGACACUUGGCACCUCCAUGUCUAUGGGUAUGGGCCGUGGCCCUGUGAUUACCAGCGGUUCGGCCACCAUCUCAGCAGGUGGCAAGAUGAACCGGCUGCCGGCCAAUUUGCUGGACCAGUUUGAGAAGCAGCUGCCCGUGCAGCGCGAUGGCUUCAGCACGCUGCAGUUUCAUCGGAGUAACGCAUCCAAACAGCGCAGCGACAGCCCCGGCCGUAUCCGCUACCUGGUGCACUCCGUGCAGAAGCUCUUUGCCAAAUCGCAGUCCCUCGAGAGUUCUGGAAAGGGUGGGGCCAACGGGCGGUUCUCCAGCGGCACGGGCUCCAUGGGGGCUGAGGACAGCAAGCAGGGCCGCCGCAGCAAGAGCAAGGAGAGGCCCAAGACGGAAGGCGUCAAGACAGAGGGCACCAAGAGACGGCCCCGCUCCAACAUGUCAGGCUACUGGAGCUCGGACGACCUGGACAGCGACCUUGUCAACUACCGCAGCCCCACGGCCAUGAUGACCCUGGGCCGCUCCACCGUAGGCAGUCAUGGAUCCAAGCACUUCAUCAACUCCUACAGUGCUAUCAACGAGAACACGCUGAAAGGCUUCAAGAGUAACAACCACCUCAAGAACCAGGGAUGCCCGGCCCUGAACACGUCCGUGAGUGACAGUCCCGGGGGUGACCAUGCCUUCAUCAAGGGUGGCUCGUGGUCCACUCUCACCCUGAACCAGGCGAGGCAGAUGUGCCAGAGGGGAUCGGCCACGGUCGACAGAUCAAUGCUGAAGUCAAAGUCUUGUCAGCAAGACCUAACUUGCCACUACUUGCAGGUACCCCCAGAGGACUGGAACAGCACCCUGGGUCGCGGCAGCGGCGGUGGCGGCUCCAGCGAGAUCCCGUGUCGGCGUAUGCGCAGCGGCAGCUACGUGAAGGCCAUGGGGGACCUGGAGGACAGCGAGGACUCGGAGGGCAGCCCAAAGCCCUCGCCCAAGACUGCAGCCCGCAGGCAGAGUUACCUCAAGGCCACCCAGCAGUCACUAAGCGACCAGUUACCACCACGCAACAGGUCGUGGGGCUGUUCGCUGAUGCACGGGGAGCUGGACCCGCUGUGGUCUCCGCUGCAGAGCGUGUCCUCCCUGCACCAGCUGGGCAGCUGCCUCCCUUCCCUGAGGGAGCUUUCCACCAACCGCAGCCUGGACAACUUGGACUGCCUCAGCGGCCCACCCGGCUCCCCCUUCCCGCGAUGGGAGGACGAGGACGUCGGCCGGGGCUGCAACACGCUGGGCAAGAGCAGCUGCCACAGCCAGAUGCGGGAGAUCGAGGCGACAAACCGGUACGAGGAGGAGACUUGCUCGGAGUCUGUGUUCGGGGAGACCGACUCCCAAGCCGUGGAGGCGCUCGACCUCCCGCUGCCCACCUGCUUCCGCUCCCGUAGCCACAGCUAUGUGCGCGCCAUCCAAGCUGGCUGCUCCCAGGAUGACGACACCGCCUCUAUGGACUCCGACUCGCCUCCCCCGACUGCCACCACUGUCCGCACCUACAGCACAAGCACCAUGUCUACAUGUAUUACCACUAAGAAGGUUGCCCCGCCCCCCGUUCCCCCCCGCACCACCUCCAAACCCUACGUCUCGGUGACGGUACAGAGUAGCACCGAGUCGGCCCAGGACACCUACCUAGACAACCACGACCGCAAGAGUGAAGUCAACAGCCAGUCAGGCCGAAGCAACUCGUCAGACAGCCUGAGCAGCACACGGGCCAGCAGCCUGGCCAAAGGUACACAGAUCCAGCUCCCUGUGAUCACCACACCUCCAGAGGAGCCCAGGCAUGACGGACUGAGGUCGGCAAAGGGUGCCCUGCACGCCGGCGAGCCCCGUUCUGAACCUGUGCCCAGGCGGAAGCUAUCCAGCAUUGGCAUACAGGUGGAUUGUGUUCAGGCGGCGCAGAGAGAGGAAACGCCACCACUGACCAGGUUCCAGUCGAUUGGCGUGCAGGUGGAGGACGCCUGGCAGCUCAGUCGUUCCAGUAGCAUGGCUUCCAAGCAAGAAACGGACUCUGACACACAGGACCUCCCGAGCUUGAAGCUGACCACAAAAAGCAUGGUGAACAGCGCCUGCCAAUCGACGGACUCCCCCACGCAGUGCAUCCAGGGCAACGGUGAAGGUGGAACCACACGCCAGCUGUCCAACCGCACAGCCACGCAGAGUAGCUCCUCCUCCUUCUCAGAGUCCCUGGAUCCAGCACUGGACCCCUCCUCACUGCCUCCACCAGACCCCUGGCUUGAGAGUGGCAGCAAUAGCGCCCCCAGUGGGCCUUCGCAAGCUGGCGCACCUGCCUGCCGCCGAGACGGCCACUGGUUCCUAAAGCUGCUGCAGGCAGAGACGGCCCGUAUGGAAGGCUGGUGCCAGCAGAUGGAGCAGGAAACCAAAGACAACCAAUUGUCUGAAGAAGUCCUGGGAAAAGUCCGCAGCGCAGUGGGCAGUGCUCAGCUCCUCAUGUCUCAGAAAUUCCAGCAGUUUCGGGGACUCUGCGAGCAGAACUUGAAUGUCAAUGCCAACCCACGACCCACCGCCCAGGACCUAGCAGGUUUCUGGGACCUGCUGCAGCUCUCCAUUGAAGAUAUCAGCAUGAAGUUUGAUGAACUUUACCAGCUCAAGUCCAAUGACUGGCAGCUGACAGCAGAUUCUCUGGACAAGAAGGAGGACAAAAAGCAGCCCCCUCCAGUGCCGAAGAAGCCCAUCAAAGCCAAGUCUACGGCAGGCCGGGAGAAGGGCAGCGGUGACUCGGACAAGCAGAGGCAGGAGGCCCGCAAGAGGCUGAUGGCGGCUAAGCGGGCCGCUUCGGUGCGGCAAAACUCGGCCACAGAGAGUGCGGACAGUAUCGAGAUCUACGUCCCCGAGGCCCAGACUCGCCUCUGAGAAAGAGGCACUUGAGGGCCUCAUCCUCACUGAAGGAACACUGGGGUAGGCUGGUCCUGGUGGCAGCACAGAAAAAGCAAUGAAAUAACUUCGGGAGAACGUACAAAAAGCACUCCAUUUACGGCUGCCAUGGAAAACCUCGCAAGACUUUAUUAAUAUUGUUACUACUAUUGAUAAUAUUAUCUCCUAAACUAUAUCAGACUCUCUUAAAUGUUGUAAUAUCUUGAAUAAGAGCUCUCUUUCCUUGUGGACUGAAACGUCAAAGUCCAUUCCAGUCGCUGUCUCAUCACUGCUGUUCUUUCCAUCACUGCUCCUGGUAUCCGUUCAUAAAUGAUUGCACAAAAUGAAAACAAAUACAGUGCAUCCACCUGCUCUCCAUCAAUCUCAGUCUUCCUGCACCUUUAUUUUUUGCCAUUAUUUGUGUGUCCUUUGCUUUCAUUUAAAUCAGUAGCAGGUAGAAAAUCCUUUUACUCCGAAAAAGGUGAAUGGAUGAACAAACCAUAGGACCCAUCACAAGCCAGUAACAAAUAUCUGCCCCCCCUUAGUGUUUGCCUGAUAGUUUAUAUUUCUUUCUUUGAUUUGUACCUUUUCUUCUUUCAGUGGACAUCGUUGAAUGAUACUACAUAUUAAUUUACCAACCAGAUAUACACUCAUUUCAUAAAUCUAAAAGAAAAUGUUUUUCUUUUCCUGUGUGGGGGAAUUGGUAAAGCCUACUGGCCCAGAUGAAGUAUUAGUUUAUUUCUUUUUCUUUUUUAAACAAAUUGUCAUUCCAUCAGGCUAAUCCCCUAGUCAUGUCCAAACUUAAUUCACUUAGUGCUCAGACAGAUGUGUUCCAGGUCUCUCCUGUUGAAAACAAUCCCUGGCACCCAGUUCUCAGGUCAUGUCCUUUCUGUCCAACUCUGAGAGGCGGCAAUCAUUGUGCAUUUCAUCAAAAUUUUACAUAGAUUCCACAUUAACAUAAUUGGUGUUAAUGACUUUUUCUGCAGUAGUGGCCUUGCAAUGCAUUGCUUUAAUAAAUGCAUAAUCUUGAAAUGCCCAGGUACAACUGAGCAGCAACAAUAUGAAAAGUUCUCAGUGACGUGAACUGACUGCUGGGUCGGUGCUUUCUGUCCGUGUUAAGGUGUUCCCUCUUAGUCACCACCCUGAUGUUCCCCACCGCUGCUUUAUUUUAUUUUUUUUUUUUUUUUUUUUUUUCUUCAUGACCUGGAGCAAGAAAGAUGAAGUUUAAAUGGGGACCAAAAUAUGGAUUGUCUUAUGGUUACCAUUAUCGCACCCUUCACAUUCCACUGUGGCUCUGUUCCUGUGAACAGUAGGAAUUGUCACAUUAAAUGAAAAGAAAAAUGUAGCACUAUGUUUUUGCUGCACCACGCUAACGUCCAUAUGGCUUUCUUACACCGCUCUGGUUGAUGACAUCUGACUGAACCUAGUGACAAAUUCAGUGUGCACUGCUUUUCAAAUCAGCUAAGCAACGCAGCACCAGUGACUCUUCAGCCAAUCCACAUGGAUGUUUAGUAGCCUAUACAGCGGUGGUUGGGAUCCGGCCGCCCCAUCACGUCAGGGGGUUCUUUUUUUCUUUCCGUGAGCUGCCAUGCUGUUGCUGGCAUGUCAUGGAGAGAAGAGGCGAGAUCAGUGCAGGAUUGCUCUGAAGUUUACCGUGACUGUAGCAUUGCCUCAGGCUCCAGCCACCGGCCUGGACUUGCGCAAUACUUUUUAUGGGUACAAAGCACAAACAAUGUAAAGGAUCAUACAAAAAAAAAAAAAAAAAAAACAAACAGGAUCAGGUAUGCUGCUUUUUAAAUUUUUGUACUACGGUAUGCUAGCUUAUUUAACAGCCAGCUGGAUUUGAACAUCCUAGCUUUUCUCUGUUUUCAAAUUAAUUUAUUUCUUACGAUGCUUUGGGCCUCUGCAUCAGCUCAUUACAGACAUUUAAUUAUAUGACUGAAGCCACUGCCUUUACAAGGCUUGGCACUGAAAACAAUAUUUUUGUGGCAGCUGUUCUGAGAUCCAGUCAUGAUUUAUAUACCAAGUAAUUUUAAACAUUAAGAUGAAAUGAAGAUAGUGCUUAUUGCUAUGUAAGUAUAUCUCUUUUGACAUAGAUUUAAUCUGAACAUUCACCUAAUGUUCAGUGUAAGAGGAUUGUGCUCCUCUUACUGUCACCACAGGCUCUGAAUUUGUAACUGGUUUCAUCACUAAUUGCAGAGGUUCCCAAAACUGUCCUUGGUGUCCACCAGCCGUUCACUGCGGACAUCUGACUGAAAGAAAAUGACUUGAUGCGAUGUGUAUUUUGAAGAAAAUGACCCCCCACCACCACCAGUCACUGGUCUUCAGGUGUGUACGGACAGUAAAAUAACCAUGUUACAGCAUAAAGAGGGCUGAUCAGUUAGUUAUAUCAGUUUAAGGAUUCUUUCCAUCGCCCUCAUUGCAGCUUGGCUGUCCAGUUGUGUUUCAGUCACAGAUGUUCUGUUUAACAUGGCAGGAUCCAUUCUGCUUUAACCUAUGGUGGAGGAGGUAGGUAAAUAUCUGAAGGGGUGGGGUGGGGGUCUCCCUUUUUAGUUGGGCACUUUUUUUUUUCUCCCCCCCCCCGCAAUUAAGUCAUUAAACCACCAUUCCUAGAAAAUUGCCAUGUUCAUGAUUAUUCAUCUGAAUUAUGAUUAGUAAUAUUGUAGCAUAAGCAUUGCAGUACUGCAAAAGUCGUUCUAUUAAUUUCAGUGUGUUAGCCAGGUUGCAAAGUAGGAACCAGUCAAAAACAUACAUCAGUCUUCAAUGACAGUAUUGUUCAACUUCAGCUGUGGGACAUAGGGGAUGCUGUUGUUUCUAGUGCAGCCUUUGCUCUCCCCACUGCUAUUAAUGAUUAUUUUGAAAAUUACAGGGUGUCAAAGUUGUAUACAUUGAUAUUUUCAACCUGUAUUGAAUACAUAAAUAUACUAAAUAAAUAUGAAACCUCAACCCAGCUAUGCUACUAGAUUUUUAUUCUAAGCCAUAUUUUUUUGGGUGAGGUGCAUUUCGAAUUGUUUUAUUUAAUACGGUUUAACAUUUUGAAGACCUUUUCCAAUGUAAAAUGGAACUUAAGACAUAUCUGACAUUGAUGCAGCUGUAGGUGUGUUCUGUGGAUUUUGAUUGGUGUUGGUGAAUUAUGUAUGCAUCAAAUAUUGAUAUACUAUAUGAAGUAUUUGCUUUGCAAUGAACUGAAUAGAUUACUACCGGUUUAUAUAAAGCACUAAAUGUAAACCCAUUGUUAAAAACCUGAGAAUUUCACGUUACAAAAAAGCAAAAAAAAUUGAGAUGUUGGUCCCCUAUGUGUCUAAUACAAUUUUGCCAUUUUUUCCCCCAUUAUAAUGCAGUUACGUAACUGUCCGACAUGUGUAAUCCCAGUUUGUAAUUGAUUUUGAUUGGCAAAAAUUAAUUUUGUAUUUGAAAACUUGAUAUGUAUGUAGUAGUUCACAGCAUGUUCAUUCAGUUUAGCCAUUUUCAUCAAGGCAUGUGAAACAGUCCCCAUCCCUGCCCACACAUCAAACGUUGGCUAUUUUUUUUUCAGCUCUGUAUAUUAUUUUCCUAAUGUCAUCUAAAUAAAUCACAUUUAUUUUUUAAAAUGUACCUCUCAGUUGAGGAAAAGUUCAUUUUUGUUGCUAUAUGAUUGCUUUGCGCUGUUUAUGCACCAUUCUUGUCCUGCACACAACCUUCAGAAAGGUAGCAUGAGAGCGCCGUUCUGGCGCUGCUUUGCUUCACUCGGCCUGCAGCG